AGAUGUCUACUUGCUGAGGAAUCCAGCCGUUCUGGUAUACCGUAUACGCAGCCGAUGGAAACCCGAACUGUUUAACUCGGAGCUUCGUUCGCAGUCUUCCAUGACGUCGAGGCGGUUUCUCUCUCUUGCUUUGCGUUAUCGGUCGAAGACCUCUCUCUCUCUUCCACACGAAAGCACUUGCGGAAUUCACCCAUUUGCAAAUUCAUGGUUCUUGACUGGGCACAGAUUUUCAAGAAGAGGAAACCAGACCGUGGCAACUCCAGCAAUUGCCGAGGAUUCUAAAGACAAUGAAGACAAUAAGUUGACGCCCAUUUCUGACUUGGGUGAUCCUCUUCAUGAAAACAAGGACGAUACUUCUGCUGUGAAGUACUCUGUUCUCUCCAAUUUAAAAUCAUCCCCUAGGCACGACCUUGCCAUGAUUUUCACUUGCAAAGUCUGCGAGACAAGAUCAAUCAAGACAGUUUGCCGUGAAUCAUACGAGAAGGGUGUGGUAGUGGCACGUUGCGGUGGAUGCAGCAAUUUGCACCUAAUUGCAGACCAUCUUGGUUGGUUCGGGGAGCCAGGUAGUGUCGAAGACUUCUUGGCUGCUCGUGGCGAGGAAGUUCGCAAAGGUUCUCUCGAUUCCCUAAGCUUGACCCUUGAAGAUUUGGCUGGAAAGAAAUCCUGAAAUUUUGGAACUUCAUCUAUCUUGAGAGGUGUACAAAUAGUUGCUUAACUCGGGUUACGGUUCAAACCAUUAGAAGCUACUUUAUAUCUGGAUUUUUGAUGUUCGGUUAAAGAUGUUUCAAGGUCUGUGGUUCCAGUUUCUGGCUAUCCUAGAUUUGAGGUGGAAUUUAUAAGAAACAACACCCAGGAGGUGAAAUUUAUAAGAAACAACACCUGCUGGGAAGAGUUUGGGAAUAUGGGGCUGCCUGAAGUUCAUGCUCUCUCUUAAGAUGUGUUUUCAUUUACACAAACCAAUAUUACUCUUCUUCAAUUUCCCCUUUUUGUAUUGCCUCUUGAUCAUUACAUUUGACUAAAUGAACUGAAAUUCUUCAUGUACAACCAAAUCUUGGCACAAGAAAAAGGAAGAAGCAUCAUUUAACUGUUCA